GUGCUUCCAGGUGAGGCAGACCUGAGCCAGGAGGGGCAGAGCGAUUGGGCCCACCUCCUGUGUGCCAGGCACUUGAGAUAUGAUGGAGAGGUCUGCAGGCAGCUCUUCCCUCUAGUUACAGAGUUCUCUCUUUAGGUGCAAUGCUGGUACCGGUACCGGCCACGAACAAACAGUGGGUCCUAAAUAAUCACAGCUAACACUGCAACUCAAGUGCUCGGCGUCAAGCAGUGCUCUAAAGGCUACACACACCAACACGUCGACUUUCUGCAACCACUUCUUGAGGAUCCUGCCAUUGUACCUGGUUUGCUGACAGGAAAAUGAAGACAGAGAUGAAGUGACUCGCCAAGGCCAUGUGUGAUGGUGCUGGGAUUUGAGUCCUGCAGUCUGUGCUCUGAAUCACUUCACUCCCUGCUUCUUUCUCCAUGCUCACAGGAGAGAAGCCAUCAAAGAGGGACUGGCAAGUCCAGAGGGCUUCUCUGAGCAAGUGAGCUGAGAUCUCAGAAUGGGAUGGAACUAACCCCACCUAAAGCGAAAGAUCAUGCCAGGAAGCGGCAACCACACUUGCAAAGGCCCAGAGGAAGGCAGUCGAUGGGAAGCCAAGCCUGGGUCUCCGUGAGCAGCAGGAAGGAGAUGUGGCUGCUGUUGGCCCUGUUGGGGGUCCUGCUGGGGGUGCCCGGGUCUCCAGCUUUGUCCCUUGAGGUCUCUGAGGAAAUGGAGCUGGAGCCCUGCCUGGCCCCUAGCCCAGAGCAGCAAGAGCAGAAGCUGACCGUGGUCCUUGGGCAGCCUGUGCGGUUAUGCUGUGGGCGGGCUGAGCGUGGUGGCCACUGGUACAAGGAGGGCAGUCGCCUGGCACCUGCUGGCCGAGUACGAGGCUGGAGGGGCCGCUUGGAGAUUGCCAGCUCUCUACUGGAGGAUGCUGGCCAUUACCUCUGCCUGGCACGGGGCUCCAUGCUUGUCCUGCACAAUGUCACCUUGGUUGUGGAUGAUUCCUUAACCUCCAGCAAUGAUGAUGAGGACCGCAAAGCCCACAGAGGCCCCUCAAAUGGGCACGUGUACCCCCAGCAAGCACCCUACUGGACACACCCUCAACGCAUGGAGAAGAAACUGCAUGCAGUGCCUGCUGGGAACACUGUCAAGUUCCGCUGCCCAGCUGCAGGCAACCCCACGCCCACCAUCCGCUGGCUCAAGGAUGGACAGGACUUCCAUGGGGAGCAUCGCAUUGGAGGCAUUCGGCUGCGCCACCAGCACUGGAGCCUGGUGAUGGAAAGCGUGGUGCCCUCGGACCGUGGCACGUAUACCUGCCUUGUGGAGAAUUCUCUGGGCAGCAUCCGCUACAGCUAUCUGCUGGACGUGCUGGAGCGGUCCCCGCACCGGCCCAUCCUGCAGGCGGGGCUCCCGGCCAACACCACAGCUGUGGCAGGCAGCGACGUGGAACUGCUGUGCAAGGUGUACAGCGAUGCCCAGCCCCACAUCCAAUGGCUGAAGCACAUCGUCAUCAAUGGCAGCAGCUUCGGUGCUGACGGCUUCCCAUAUGUGCAAGUCCUGAAGACAGCAGACAUCAAUAGCUCAGAGGUGGAGGUCCUGUACCUUCGGAACGUGUCGGCUGAGGAUGCAGGCGAGUACACCUGCCUGGCAGGCAACUCCAUCGGCCUCUCCUAUCAGUCGGCCUGGCUCACGGUGCUGCCAGAGGAGGACUUCGCGUGGGCAGCAGCAGCGCCCGAGGCCAGGUACACAGACAUUAUCCUGUAUGCGUCGGGCUCUCUGGCUUUGGUGGUGCUCCUGCUGCUGGCCGGGCUGUAUCGCGGGCAGGUGCUCCACGGCCGGCACCCCCGGCAGCCGGCCACUGUGCAGAAGUUGUCCCGCUUCCCUCUGGCCCGACAGUUCUCUCUGGAGUCGGGCUCCUCAGCCAAGUCAAGCUUGUCGCUGGUGCGGGGUGUCCAUCUCUCCUCCAACGGCCCCCCCUUGCUUGCUGGCCUUGUGAGCCUAGACCUACCUCUUGACCCGCUGUGGGAGUUUCCCCGAGACAGGCUGGUGCUCGGGAAGCCUCUGGGUGAGGGCUGCUUCGGGCAGGUGGUGCGUGCAGAGGCCUUCGGCAUGGACCCUGCCCAGCCUGACCAGGCCAGCACCGUGGCCGUCAAGAUGCUCAAGGACAAUGCCUCUGACAAGGAUUUGGCAGACCUGGUCUCUGAGAUGGAGGUGAUGAAGCUGAUUGGCCGACACAAGAACAUUAUCAACCUGCUGGGUGUCUGCACCCAGGAAGGGCCUCUGUACGUGAUUGUAGAGUGUGCCGCCAAGGGAAACCUGCGGGAGUUCCUGCGGGCCCGGCGCCCCCCAGGCCCCGACCUGAGCCCUGACGGGCCACGGAGCAGUGAGGGACCACUCUCCUUUCCCGCCCUGGUCUCCUGUGCCUACCAGGUGGCCCGAGGCAUGCAGUACCUGGAGUCUCGGAAGUGCAUCCACCGGGACCUGGCUGCUCGCAACGUGCUGGUGACUGAGGACAAUGUGAUGAAGAUUGCUGACUUUGGGCUGGCCCGCGGCGUCCACCACAUUGACUACUACAAGAAAACCAGCAACGGCCGCCUGCCUGUCAAGUGGAUGGCACCUGAGGCCUUAUUUGACCGAGUCUACACACACCAGAGUGAUGUGUACGGCCUGAUGCGUGAGUGCUGGCAUGCAGCACCCUCUCAGAGGCCCACUUUCAAGCAGCUAGUGGAGGCGCUGGACAAGGUCCUGCUGGCCGUCUCUGAGGAGUACCUUGACCUCCGCCUCACCUUUGGACCCUACUCCCCUGCCAGUGGGGAUGCCAGCAGCACCUGCUCUUCCAGCGACUCUGUCUUCAGCCACGAUCCCCUGCCACUGGGGCCCAGCUCCUACCCCUUCCCCAGGGUGCAGACAUGAGCAGGGGCAUGAGGUUGUACACACGGGCUGCCAGCUGGUGGCUUUGGGCCUCCUGGCUCAGCUGCAACUGGGCAGUGCUUGACCUCAGUGGCUGCAGGCCCUGGUCUCAGGAUACUGUCCAGAUCUCUGCUUCUGCUCUGAGGAGGUCCAUCCUUGGUCCCAGGGUCCCUGGUUGAGGCUUCCUGCUCUGCCCUCAGGUUCCCAAACCAGAGUUCAUCCCCAGUCUCAAGGCCCUGCCCUGCCCUUGAGCCAUGGCUGCAGCGUUCUAACAGCUGAGAGGCAGGGUUCUGCUUGGCCUCCUGGGCCUUGGCACUCGGUCCUGUUCCAGGGAUUUCGCUGGGCCUGGCUGCAGGGCUGUCCUAAACCCACCUGCUUCUCCACACCAAGAGAGGUCUUGGGCCCAUGAACCCCACUUCCCUAGGCCUCCCUUCGCCUCCCUCUACUGCUUAUCCCAGCAUCUUGGUGGAAGGAGCAUUGGCCCCUGGGCUCUUAGCUGACAGGCUAGAAGCCUGCCAAAAACACAGAAGCAAAGGGCCUUUUAUAAAUUAUUUUUUUGA